AUGGAAAACAGUAAUGCAGUGAAAAACCCCAUUGUUCCAGGCACGAAAUUGACGAAAGAUAAGGCGGGGGUCAAAGUUGAUUCAACCAUGUUCAAACAAGUAGUUGGCAGCCUCAUGUAUUUGACUGCUACUCGGCCUGACCUGAUGUAUGGAGUAAGCCUGAUCAGUAGGUUUAUGUCAUGUCCAACAAUGUCUCAUUGGCUUGCAGCAAAGCGAAUAUUGAGGUAUGUGAGAGGGACAACGGAGCUGGGUAUUUUCUACAAGAAAGGAGGAAGAACAGAUCUUGUGGCAUAUAUUGAUAGUGACUUUGCCAGCGACUUGGAUGACCGGAGAAGCACCUCUGGUUUUGUGUUCUCGCUUGGUUUUGGAGCAGUUUCGUGGUCCUCUAAGAAGCAGCAUGUAGUGACAUUAUCCACCACCGAGGCUGAGUACAUAGCAGUUGCAUUUUGUGCUUGUCAGUGUGUUUGGCUUAGAAGAGUGUUAGAAAAGCUUGGUCUUAAGGAAAAGAAGAGCAUUGUGAUUCAAUGUGACAACAACUCUACCAUUCAAUUGUCCAAGAACCCGGUCUUCCAUGGCAGAUGCAAACAUAUUAACGUGAGGUUCCAUUUCUUAAGGGACUUAGUGAAAGAUGGAGUUGUUAAGUUAAGCAACUGUAAUUCGCAGAUUCAAGUUGCAUACAUAAUGACAAAACCACUCAAAUUGGAGCAGUUCUUAAGACUUCGGAGCAUGCUGGGAAUGAUUGAAGCUUCAGAAGUAAAAUAA